AUGACUGCUAUUCAUGGUGAGGCGUUCAUCUCCGAUUCGAGAAAUCACUUUUCGCAGUGCCAGGCUCUGCUGAAUAAAAUCACGUCUGUGAACCCUCAGACGGAGAUCGACGGGCUUCGGAACAUCUGGAUCAUAAAGCCGGGGGCCAAGUCCCGCGGCCGAGACAUCAUGUGCAUGAACCGAGUGGAGGAGAUCCUGGAGCUGGUCGCUGCAGACGACCUCUCUGCCAAGGACAACAAGUGGGUGGUGCAGAAAUACAUCGAGACCCCACUGCUCAUCUAUGACACCAAGUUCGACAUCAGGCAGUGGUUCCUGGUCACUGACUGGAACCCCCUGACCAUCUGGUUCUACAAGGAGAGCUACCUGCGGUUUUCCACGCAGCGCUUCUCCCUGGAGAAUCUGGACAGCGCCAUCCACUUAUGCAACAACUCCAUCCAGAAGCACCUGAAGAACGACAAGGGCCGCAGCCCCCUGCUGCCCUACCACAACAUGUGGACCAGCACCAGGUUCCGGGAGUACCUACGGAAGAGGGGCCGCGGGGCCAUGUGGGCCAGUGUCAUCUACCCCGCCAUGAAGCGGGCCAUCGCCAACACCAUGAGGGUGGCCCAGGACCACGUGGAACCGCGCAAGAACAGCUUCGAGCUGUACGGGGCCGACUUCAUCCUGGGGCGCGACUUCCAGCCCUGGCUGAUCGAGAUCAACUCCAGCCCCACCAUGCACGCGUCCACGCCCGUCACGGCCCAGCUGUGCGCCCAGGUGCAGGAGGACACCAUCAAGGUGGUCGUGGACCGCAAGAUCGACCGCAACUGCGACAUCGGCAAUUUCGAGCUGCUGUGGAGACAGCCCUCUGUGGAGCUGCCACCCUUCCACGGGUCCGACCUUUGCGUGGAAGGCGUUAGCGUGAGGAGAGCCAAGAAGCAGAUGCCGCCCAUUUCCAACGUGAAUUUUUCAUCUUCCCUCUUGGACACUCAGCCCCUAAAAGGGAGGUGCCCCUCGGCCAUGCCAAACCAGCCUCUAGGACCUCCACACUCGGCUCUCCAGCAAGACUCGAAACUGAAAGAUGCAAAGGUACUUCCUUGCACCUUGCCUGUGCCCCUCAGGAGGUCGGCUGAGACAGGCUGUAAAGUGCAGUCCGCCAACGCCGAGUCUGGCGGGAAGAUAGAGUUCCCCACUUGUAAUUUUCAACACAUAGACAGUAAGGCCCCGAAAACUGGUCUGACCCAAGCCGAGUCCAGCAAACACUCGGAUCCAAACAUGCUGAAUGAGCACCCACUGCCGUCCGUGCUUCUGAGCGUGAAGACAGUGGAGGGCGCUCUGUGUCAGCCACCCAAACCACCAGGUAACAGUGUGGCUGCUUGCCCCCGUCCGAGCCCUGGGUCUGCUGGGGGCUGCCCGUGGCCCGGGCAGGGAGCGUGUCCCGACGUGGGCACUGGCCUGAGCUCAGAGCGGGGUUUGGGGCACCCUGGCCGCAUCCUGGGACUGGCCAGGUUGUUGGGACACUGGGGCUCCUGCAGCAGGGACCCCUCGCAGGACGGGGUGGGCCUCACUCCUUGUGUGGCAUAGUGCCCACGGGGGCUUGAACGUGCCGGGUGCCGUGGACAGGUGCCAGCGAUCCCUGGGCUCUUGCCUUCAGUUUUCUGAAUUUCCUGGUGGAGCUGACCGUGCGUGGCCUGGGAGCCUGACCUGGGCCUGGGCUCAGAGCACAGGUAGACAGGCGUGGGGCAGCCCUGAGGCUCUGGGGGUGGCCCUGCCCUGCCUGUAUUUCAGUGCACCUCGGGGGCGUCUGGCACCCAGC